GGGAGGAUUCGGAAGUACGAGCCGAAAGGCGGAAGUGAAGGCCAGGGCCUGGGAGUGAGGAAUUGGGAAGCUUUUUAGUUGAAACAGCAAAUCAGGAAAUUGUAGUGGUGUGCGUAAUUUUGACUUGUCAUUAUCCACUGCUUCUCCAGCUCUUACUUUCCCAGCCUGAACCCAAAUAGUGCUUCUUUCAAGGAAGUCCUAGUUCAAGAUUAUAUUGUGUUGUAAAAGGAUAUGGCGGGUCGGGGAAGUGCGGCUCGACCAAACGGACCAGCUCCUGGAAACAAGAUAUGUCAGUUUAAACUUGUCCUUCUGGGAGAGUCUGCUGUAGGGAAGUCCAGUCUUGUACUUCGCUUUGUGAAGGGUCAGUUUCACGAGUUUCAAGAAAGCACAAUAGGAGCUGCCUUCCUAACGCAGACAGUUUGCUUGGAUGAUACAACGGUGAAGUUCGAGAUUUGGGAUACUGCUGGGCAGGAGAGAUACCACAGUUUGGCGCCAAUGUAUUACAGAGGUGCUCAGGCAGCCAUCGUGGUGUAUGACAUCACAAACACAGAGGCACAAUCAUAUGCAGAUGACAACAGCUUAUUGUUCAUGGAGACAUCAGCAAAAACAGCGAUGAAUGUGAAUGAGAUCUUUAUGGCCAUAGCAAAGAAGCUGCCGAAAAAUGAACCUCAGAAUACUGCUGGGAGUCAAGGCAGACCCAGAGGAGUAGACCUGCAAGAAAAUAGUCAGCAGAACAAGAGCCAGUGCUGCAGCAGUUAAGCAAAAUUCCAGCAAACAAAAAUGUAAUGAACAAGACGAAUGAAAAAUAUCCAACUGGAAUCUAACCAAUAGUACUUACGACAAUGCAGCUACCGAUUGCUGCCUUGAUUCUUUGUGUACCUUAAUCAUUUGCUGGAGGGCAUAAGUCCAUCUACACCUUUCUGUACAGUACUAAUUCAAUUUUAAGUCUUAAGUCACUUUUUAAUAUAUAAAUAUAUAUAUAUAUAUAUAUAUAUAUAUAUAUAUGUAUAUAUAUAUAUGUAUAUAAUAUGAACUUCUGCUGUUUUCCUUAUCCUGCAGUGGUGGAUGUAUGAGCCAAGUAAUUUUGGUCACUUCCCCUCCUUCGCAAGUACUGGAUGGAAGCUCUUUCGUAUUCGGGCAGUCUCAACAUUUUUCACUGUAGAGUACAGAGGCUAAAGCCCUAGUAUAUUAACCUAAUCUUGUUAAUAGACCUUAUCCAUGUAAAGAAACAUGUAAAACACAGUAACAUUUUGGCAUUAUUGUAACAUUUCGAAUUAUUGGCCCAAGGCCAGAAUUUUUGACCAAAUGCUAAUUAUGAGUGCUCAGAAGAAGAAAACACAAGAUUUAAUCUGUAUUUUUAAUGUAUUUUCUUUUCUUUAACACAUAGCCAGAGCCAUGUCAGCAUUUGUCAAUUUAGUAUCUACGCAGUUAAAUCCAGCUGUCAUUCUUGUGUUAAGUUGCAUGAGGGUUUGUGUUUUGAGUUUCAUCACAGAAUUUACAGCAUAAUGCACUUUUAAGUCUUUGUUAAUCUUUUUCAGGUAAUAUGUAAAAUUUGGUGUCCUUUUUUGAUCACUUGUAUGAUGCCACUGAUGCUGUGAAUUGAGGACUACUACAACCCAAUUUGAGGCAAAUUGCACAGAGAUUGCUUCAAACAGAGGUUUUUUUUUCCUGAAGAGGGGAACCAUCGGGGCUUCAGAAGCCAUAAUUUUUCACAAUAUAAUGGGACAGGUAUUAUGCUCAUUGUGUCAGGACUUUUUGUUUAGCUUUGGUAUGUUUUGGUGCUGUGAGCUAAAGUUGUGCAGAUAAUUCAUUUUGAAUUCUGUGGUUGUGCUUGUCCAUAUAUGUACUGGUCUUGCAAGUAAGUGACUUCAUUUUGCUGCACUGGCUCUUUUACAUUUGUAAAUACUGUAAUGACCUUGUUUUAUGGGGCAAGACAGUCUUAUUUCAGAUGCACACUUAAGCUGUAUACUUGAAUGCUUUCAUGACUUGGGUUAAUUUGUCUUCCAUCUGAAUCUGGCACUUUGUUCCCGCAGACUGUAGGUGCAGUAAGUUGGAAGGUUUCCCUGUUCAUAAGUAUUGCAAGCACUGAGAAAAUGCAUGUUAUUUCGCACACUGCACUAAUUGGUUAACUAGAGAGAUUCUGUAUGGUAAAGACAGGGGCCAUAUUUUCUCGGGUGAGGGUUCCAUGUGUGGUCUGGAAGAAAAUCAAACAAAAACAAAGACCAUAAUCUCCACAUAUGGAAUGAUACUGGAAUUCUGCAGCCUUGUAAGCACUUCUGUGUACUAGACGAGUGCCAGCAAUGCUGUUUGAUUUAGCAUUCCUUUGGAAGCAGAGAAGUAAAAACAUUAGCAAACAGUUCCCUUAUGUGAAUACAGUGUUGAAACAGAGUGUUAUUUGAGUAUGCUAGGCAACCAUAGCAAAUGUACUCAUGUAUAGCAGUAUUGAGGUUAAAGUUUUAACUGAAUGCUUCCAGUACAGCUUAUUCCCCUAAGAGCUGCUUUAACAUUUUCUGACUACACUUUCAAUUCCAUUGUUUAAUUGUGAUUGAAGACAUUAUACAUUAUUUACAUUUGUAAUUUAACUUGUUUAUUAGUAUAUUGUUGCUAACUAAGAUUAUUCUGCAUUAUUUUUUUCAUCUGACUACAGACAUUUUGACCACUUCUGACUUGUGGCUAAACCGUAACUGUUUAAACAUCUGAAAGUGGUCAACGGAUAGCACUGCUUAGCGACAGACUUGGCACUCUGGUCUGCUAGAGGAGUGUCAGGCAUGGGAACACGGAGCACAGGAAAGUGCAUGUUUAGAGGGGGGUGGGCAGAAGACUGAGGUGGGGGUAUAUCCAUAACAGUUCAGCACUAUCUGCAUAGGACUGCUUGUGUUUAAGCAACUACACAUCAGAUGAGCUAUUUAGCCUUAAAUGGCAAGGGUUUAGUAUAUGCACACAAUGUUUAGUUCGUUUGUCAUACAUUACCAGCUUCUACCUUACAGACCCCAACCCAGUUCUGGACCUACCUAAUAUAGAGCUAGGGACAGCACAGUGAUGCAGCAGAUAGUGUUGUCUCCUCAUAGCAAGAGGUUCCCCAGUUGAAUUCCCGACUGAUGUGCCUUCUGUGCAGAGUCUGCAUAGCCUUGGUGUUUGCGUGGGUUUCCUCCGGGUGCUCCACUUUCCUUCCACAUUCCAAAGACAUGCAGUACAUGGAUUGGACACACUAUAAUGACCAUGUGUGUAGUGUGGAAGGUUUAUCAUGGCAGGGCUAGCCACCCGGUGUUGUAAAUCUUGGCUGUAGAUGAUGGUCACUGUUAAAGCGACACCUCCAACCCUAUGUGUAAAAAAUGGGAAAAAGGGGGUUGUGGAUGGAUGGAGUGGUUCCUGAGGUAGGUGACAGGACUGGGGACGAUCUUUUAUGGCCAGUAAUGGUAAGGGGUAUAUCUAAAUUAAUUCUUUAUGUGGUAAGUUCAGCUGUCCAAGGCACCUAAACACACUUUCAGGAAUAUGUCAGGGUGGCCUUGUAUUGAAUCAGCCGAGGAGGGAUGAUGGCUUCAUUAUUGCAUUUUGCACACACUCCUUCAUAAUGAUGAAAGUGGCUAUUGGUACCUCUUUCCAUUCGCACCUAUCAGCUUUCCAACCGCAAGACUUCCUUAUUGAACUCCAUGGCUACUGCUCCCAUGUUAGUGGGGCAUAGAACAUGUCUGUGGGGUGAUGAUUUUAGCAGCCUUUUGGACAGUUUAAAAAAAAAUGUAUAUGAGGUUAUAGUGGGUGUUGAGACAAAGUGGGCGGGAUGUAGAGGAGAAAUGGAACAGAUCAAUAUUUUCCUUCUGAAGAUUGGGAAACCUACUGGUAAAAACGUAGGAGUAGUUUGGCUAUCAGUUCAAUCAUUUUGCUAUUUUUUUUAUAGUCUUUUGUGCUUCUUAGCUUAUAAAGUAAUCUUUGAAUAUCCUCAUUUCUUUUGACUUUAGCUUGAAAUGCCAAUUUCUGUAGAGCUCUGAUUUAUGCCAGAUAUUGAUUUAAGGGCAGUCACCCUCCAACUCUCUCUCUUCACGUGCGACUUGUUAUUUUAAGAAAGGGUUUAUCUCUUGAAGUAGUCUCAGAGUAAGUAGACCUUGGCAGUUUUGGGUAUAACAGUUACAGAAUUCCUCAGAAAUAUAUAAAAAUACAAAUAAUUUGGUGAUUACUAAUAGUCCAAGAGUUUAGUGCAGGGGGUGAAGGCUGUGGGCUGUACUGUGGUUCUGAAUUUGAUUCCUUAAGUCUGAACCUGUGCAAGUCAGUUAAUCGUAUAGUACUGCUGUGUUGUCCCUGAAAAGAGGCACUUGGCCUUCUGAACUUUUGUGGUGUAACAAAUGUAUAAAAUAAAAAAAUAAAAGAUGUUUUCCAUUUUAA